CCCAUCCCGUCCCGUCCGGUACCCCUUCUCCCGGUCCGGGCCGCAGCAGAGCAGCGGAGCGGCAGGACGGAGCCAUGUCUCACGGGGCGCGAGUGAUCCGCACCGGGGUGAGCAGCGCGGGGCCCGCCGCGCCGCCGUCGGCCGCCGCCUCCUCGGCGGGCUCGGACGCCGAGCUGCUGGACGGCGCCUAUUUCCGCUCGUGCGCCGGCAUGCUGAAGGUGGCCCAGAUGAUCUCACUGCUGGUCGGAUUCAUCAGUGUAAAUAAUUCUCAGUGGACAGAUUACAGUGCAUACAGCUACUUUCAGAUUGUUACCAUGUGCGACUUGGUUAUGAUUUUGUUCUUCUACAUAAUCCACAUUUUCAGAAUCUACAGGUCACUCACUUGUGUUAGCUGGCCACUUGCGGAAUUUCUCCAUUAUUUAAUUGGUACAAUUCUGCUUCUCAUUGCAUCAAUUGUAGCAGCAUCAAAGAGUUACAAUUUGACUGGACUAGUGGCUGGAGCGACGUUUGGAUUCCUAGCUACAGUCCUUUGUGUUUUAAGCAUAUGGUCAUCCUACAAGGUUUCUUGCAUCACGCAGUCAACAAAUGCAGCUGUAUGACUCCUUCAUCUCAGCAAGAUGUCUGCCUUACAAAAUACUAUACCAAAGAGGACCGUCCAUCACUGAGGAAAGAAUGUGGGUAUUUUGUUAUUAGUCUGGACAGUCAGUGGCUUUUGAAGAUCUACUUGAAGUUUUAUGCAAAACAACAUUAUGAACCAAAGUUUUUUUGUUGCCCUCAUCCAAAGAAGUUUACUUCCCCCCCCAGAAGAAGCAUAUAAUGGAGAACCAAUUUUUUUCUGAGCUUUACAGAGAACUGCUGCUUCUGUUUCUCAAGCUGGGCUGCAGUCAUUUCCAGCUAUUUGCCUUAAGUGCCUUUAAAACUCAUUUGGAGAGUUGUUUGGUUCUCUUUUCAAAGGGAUGAAAAAAAGUGCUUCUGAUUUCCUCUAUCUGUUUACAGAAGGGAAAUACUGCAAAUUUCUGCCUGAUUCUUAACUUCCAAGGCUGUUUUUUCAACAAAGGAACUGUUACAAACUGAUUUGUGAAUGGAUAAGCUGACCCAAGUUCAGAACCAUGGAAUUUUUCCAACAGCAGCUCAGCCCUAUCAAAAAUUAUGAACUGCAACUUGUAUAAAUCAUUGCAAAUACUCCCUUCUAGCCCUGGCAGUACACAAUGAAAUCAGAUCAAUCAAAAAUUAUUAUUAAAAAAUUCUCUCAGCCAAGUACAGGAAAUACAUAUUGAAGAAUAAGCUUGAAUGGUUUGCGGGAUCUUUUUCUUUCCUUUUCGUAAAUAGUUGUUGGUGGAAUGGACAUUUUGAAGACUUGUUCUGUAGGAAAUUUCUGUGUAUUUCCAAGAUGUUAUUCUCUUUGGAAUCUAAUGGUGUUUAUGGAAAGCCCAUCGCAAAUAGUGCAGCGUGCUUCUUUCUCUCUCUUACAUGUGGCUUCCCCCUUCUGACUAUGCUGGGAUCCAUGUUUUCAGAGCCUGGACAGAGUUUUUUCCAACCUGAUAUUGUUAUGAAGCUGUUUGUAAAUUUAAGAUGGAGACAAUGCUGUUAUUUGCUUUGCACUUCUGUCUUUCUGAUCUUUUCCAUUUCUGGUGAACUGGAAACUUUUUGCAGAAAAAAGUGAAGCUCAAGUCCUCUUCCUUGGUGCUCUUCCCUUUCAUGUCUUGCUGUGAAGCAGAACUUGCAUUUGUAAGCUGGUCUUUUCUGUGAGGACAAUUGCAGGACAGUGCAGUGCAUUUCAGCAAAAUAAAAUAAAAUAAAUUAAAAAUUAGGAUUUAUAUAUUUUACCAGACCCAGACUGGAGGAAAGAAGCAUUUUCUGGCCCGCUGUUCAUUUUUCUACCUGUCUUAAAUUCUGCAAAAAUACUGCUAAUUAAUUUAAUUAAUCAUUAAUUUAAUGAUUGGCUUUUGAGAAAUGUUUUUGUGCCCCGUAGCACAUCAACGUGCGUUGCCAUUUGUUAUGUAUGGGUCUCUGCAUUGAUUUUUUUUAUUUUAUUUGUUUUUCACUCUUUGACAAGAGAAAAGGGCCAACUUCUAAAGUUCUAAGAAUCUUGAGAAAGUGAAAAUAACUGAACAGACAACCUGGAAAGGCAGGAAUCUCCUUUCUUGUGGUGCAUGGUUUCUGUGAUUCUUAUUGCUUUCUUUCCCUAAGUGACUUAAAACAACACAGAACAGGAAACAGUUUGAAUGCAUAGAAGUCUACUUCUUGUGGAUCAAGAAACCUGUGUUCACUCCAAGAUAAACUGCUUCAGCAUGAAUACAGAAGGUUAUUCAAAUAAACCUUACUUUGAUUGAAAA